AUGUUUAGGAAAGCUGCUGUAACCACGGUCUCUAAUGGAAGCUACUUGCAGGGGCAAGCUAAUGGCAAGUUGCCCUCUAUGGACAGCGGACAGCCAGCCCGGGAGGGAAAAGUUGUGCUGAAGAAGAAAGUGACACUUUUGAGAGGGAUAUCCAUCAUAAUUGGCACUAUCAUUGGAGCUGGCAUCUUCAUCUCUCCCAAAGGCAUCCUGAAGAACACGGGCAGCGUGGGCAUGUCCUUGACUGUCUGGACAGCAUGUGGUAUCCUCUCGCUCUUUGGUGCCCUCUGCUAUGCUGAACUAGGAACAUGCAUUAAGAAAUCUGGGGGCCACUACACCUAUAUCCUGGAGGCCUUUGGCCCAUUACCUGCUUUUGUGAGAGUCUGGGUUGAAUUACUCAUCAUUCGCCCUGCUGCCACAGCAGUGAUAUCGUUGGCAUUUGGACGUUACAUUUUGGAGCCUUUCUUUAUGCAGUGUGAAAUCCCAGAACUUGCAAUUAAACUUAUUACAGCUGUUGGCAUCACACUGGUGAUGGUCCUGAAUAGCACGAGUGUCAGCUGGAGUGCCCGCAUUCAGAUUUUCCUUACCUUCUGCAAGCUUGUAGCAAUUCUGAUAAUUAUAGUCCCUGGAGUUAUCCAGCUAAUUAAAGGAGAAACACAGCACUUUAAAAAUGCAUUUGCAGGGAAUGAUGCCAGCGUUACGAGAUUACCACUUGCAUUCUAUUCAGGAAUGUAUGCUUAUUCAGGCUGGUAAGUUUUGGAGACCUCUAUUUG